GAACCAUAGACAUUUGCCGUAACUUUGUAGAGACUAGUACUUCCAAUAUGGCGUCCCACAUGUCAAGAUUUAGAGCCUGGGGACGAGUACAGAGGUUUGGCUUUGCCGCAUGUAGGCAAUAUAGCAGUGGCAGCAGCAAUGGUUAUCCAAAUGUGUCGCUUUCUGCCCCUUUACCUGGAAUCCCAAAGCCAGUAUUUGCUGCUGUGGACGGGCAAGAACAGUACGAAACAAAGAUCACCACCCUUGAAAAUGGUCUUAAAGUAGCAUCACAAAAUAAAUUCGGGCAAUUCUGUACAGUUGGAAUUUUAGUCAACUCUGGAUCAAGACAUGAAGUUAGAUACCCCAGUGGGAUCUCACAUUUUUUGGAGAAGCUUGCCUUUUCUUCCACAGCACAGUAUGGAAGUAAGGACGAAAUUCUAUUGACCCUUGAGAAGCAUGGUGGGAUAUGUGACUGUCAAACGUCCAGAGACACCACUAUGUAUGCAGUGUCUGCGGAGGUGAAGGGUUUGGAUACUGUUGUCAGCCUUCUGGCAGAUGCUGUUCUGCAGCCACGCUUGAUAGAUGAGGAAAUUGAGAUGACAAGGAUGGCAGUACGUUUUGAACUUGAGGACUUGAACAUGAGGCCAGACCCUGAACCUUUGCUGACAGAAAUGAUCCAUGCGGCUGCGUAUCGUGGAAACACCGUUGGCUUGCCUCGCUUCUGCCCCGUGGAGAAUGUGGACAAGAUCGACCGUGCUCUACUCCACUCCUACCUCCGGAGCUAUUACUGCCCCGAGCGUAUGGUCCUGGCCGGGGUGGGAAUCGAGCAUGAGCAGCUGGUUGAAUGCGCCAGGAAGUACCUGCUGGAUAUGAAGCCUGUGUGGGGAGCCAGCACAUCAGGCAACGUGGACCUGUCUGUAGCUCAGUAUACGGGUGGAAUAAUCAAGAUGGAAAAAGACAUGUCGGAUGUGAGCCUUGGUCCCACUCCUAUCCCUGAGCUAACACACAUCAUGAUUGGAUUGGAGAGUUGCUCAUUUCUGGAGGAUGACUUCAUUCCCUUUGCGGUCCUCAACAUGAUGAUGGGAGGUGGAGGCUCCUUCUCUGCUGGUGGGCCUGGAAAAGGCAUGUUUACUCGUCUGUACCUGAAUGUGCUCAACAGACAUCACUGGAUGUACAAUGCUACUUCAUACCAUCACAGCUAUGAGGACAGUGGACUCUUAUGCAUCCAUGCCAGUGCAGACCCCCGACAGGUGCGGGAGAUGGUUGAGAUUAUAACCCGAGAGUUCAUUCAGAUGGCUGGGACAGCAGGAGAGAUGGAGCUGGAAAGAGCAAAGACGCAGCUUAAAUCAAUGCUGAUGAUGAAUUUGGAGUCACGUCCGGUCAUUUUUGAAGAUGUUGGACGGCAAGUUCUAGCCACUGGCAAGAGAAAGCUGCCUCAUGAACUGUGUCAGUUAAUUAGUAAUGUUACAGCAAACGAUAUCAAGAGAGUGACCGCGAAGAUGCUGCGGGCUAAACCAGCUGUGGCUGCUCUAGGUGACCUGACAGAAAUGCCCUCAUACGAGCACAUACAAGCAGCUCUCUCCAGCAAAGAUGGACGCCUGCCCCGAAUGUAUCGACUCUUCCGAUAGACUGAAUAUGCUUUGCUAUACAGACUGGGCACUUGCAAACUGGACUUACAAGCAGACUUAUUUCUGUUGUUUUCUUAUUACAUAUUGCAUUUGAUGUGAUAAACCUUAUAUUCAUGGUUUCAGAAAACCACCUGGUGUAUCCAUGUUUGUAGACUUGUCAGAUCGAUCGAGACUGGCAUGAUCAAAAAUUAGCUGAAGAUCAAUUCUCCCCACACAACAGAAAACAAAAUAUCUAUUAUGGAUUUGAGUUUGCUUAAUAAUAGUUCUACCUGAGUGCUGCACUUUUCAGCUAGACAUUACAGCAGUAGUAGUACUGUAUGUAAUUUUGCCACACUAAAAUUUUGUACAGUCAUCAGUAUGACUUUCCAGAUUACAAAACACCUUACUGUACAUGCAUACACCUGUUUCAGAAUUUGAAAUAUUCUCCACUCUCCAUUUAAAAUGUUUUCUUUUUGCUGUUGAGAACAUGAGUAUUAUAAACAUAUUGUUCUGUUCUGAUAUGGCAAAUUACACAAGUUUGACAGUAUACAACUAUGCAUUGACCAUGCCUGCACCAGUUCAGUUCUGUAAUCUUUGGAUUACCCUGUUGCUACAAAUCUUGAGCAUAUAGGUAGUUAUUUGACCUCGAAGGUACAAAAAUUAAGUUAACUAAAUCAGGGCAGCAUUUUAUUGGCCCUGAUGCGUGUUCAUAAAAAUAAUCUAUGGCAACUUAUUUAUGUAGCAGUCUUUAACAUUUGGGAAGAGAAUUUGUAUUUGAACCACAUUUGUACCACAUUGUCCCAAAACCCUUGGAUCAGAUUUAUGCAGAGGUUUGCCUGUUUGAGGUAAUUUUUCAGCAUUUCAUAUCAAUUCUGCAUUACAGUUUUUAAUGCAAUCUAAUACUGGCUGUAUAAAGUAACAUGUUCUUAAAUAUUACACAUCAGAAUAGUCAGUUAGUUGUUUGUAAUACACAGCAUCAUGUGAUUGCAUCCCUGACGAAAUAAUCCCUGGUGGUCAAUAUUCAAUUUAAACACCAUUGUAAGAUGUUGUAUAAGAGAUAAAUGUAAAAUGUGUGUUUAGUCUUUAAAUAUGUAUUUAUAUUGCACAAUUGGAUACGGUCUGAAUACUGCACAUCAGAAAUUGUUAACGUGGCUGUGUCAGCCUCUCAUUGAGCUCUUGAUAAAUGCAGCAACUUUCCGGUCA